CACGCUGCUUUCAAAAAGACGCCGUGCUGGCAAUAUACGGACACUCUGUUGUAUAGAGGCGUCGGAGGAAGGAACUUUGUACAUCAUCCCAUUCUCCCCAAGUGGCACUGCCCCAUAAAUUCCCGAAUGAGUGUAGUCAAGCGCCUGCUGAAGAGUGCAAGGGAGGCAAUAACUAAGGAGAACUACGCAGAUGCAAAGGACUACUGCGUUGAUAUCCUGGACAGCGAACCCGAGAACUACCACGCUCUCGUGUUCUUGGCAUUAGCGGAGCAGCAUCUUGGGAACACGCAGGAUGCUGAAAAGGCAUAUACGAAGGCUAUCAAACUCGCGCCGGAGAAUCCUCUGGCUCUUCAGGGCUUAGCGAAUCUAUACACGGAAACAAAGGACGAUGAGAAACUUGUAGGAGCAUGGAAUCAGCUGAGAGCCUUGUUCAGAGAAAACAAAGACGAAAAGAAGGCUCUGGACAUCACCAACAAGUUGGUUGACCUGCACAUCCGAACAAACAACAAAGCGCAAGCCGCCUCUGUCCUCAAGGAUUUGACACCUUGUGGCGCUUUCCAUGACAAUACCCAGGACAAUCUCGCGGUGUGGACGCGGAUUGCAGACCUCCAGCAGCAGCAUUUUGAUGAGACGUACACAAAAGAAGUGGAACUGCGGCGGCGACGACUGGAUGCGGACCCGGUUGACGUGGUGCGGAGCAAAGUGGAAAAGGAGGUGCUGAUGGCGUCAGAGCUCGAUGAGACGUACGCGAGCAUCCUGGAGAUCACAAAAGAACGCGCAGAUGCGGGAAGUUCGCAGGUCUACACAGACAUAGGCUCGCGCUACGUCGAGUACCUGAACCGCAAAAUACCCCACGUGGCUGACGAGGACAAACUCAAGAUGUACAUGAGCGCUGUCAGUCUAGCGAAAGAGUUGGCGACGCGCAAAGCAACAUCUGCACUGGUGGGCGAGAUCAUCCUCGAUAGCCAGGAUGUCGCCAUCAACGAGUAUCCCAUCGAGAUCAUGGAUAUGGUAGCCACCCUUCCCUCAUCUGAUCUCGCACCUAUCGCCACCGCGUAUCUACGUUGGAGGAAGGACCACGACCCGUCAGGAGCUCUCGAGGAGAUUCAGAGCCUCCCAAACCGUACCGCCCCCUUCUUCACCCAACGCCUUCUAGGCGAGCUACAUCUCGAACUCCACCAGCACGGCUCAGCCCACGACCACCUGAUCGAAGCCACUGCCAUCGAUAAAGCCUUUGUGGACCGCACCGGCUACGACCGGCCCACCCUGCAACAAUCCCUCCGUCUCAGCCUGGCUACCGCCUACGAGCACCUCGGCGCGAAAUACCUUCCCCAAGCACUGGCGCUCUACAAAGUCGCCUUGCAGCAGCAAUCGGACAGCGUGCCGGCAUUACUCGGGCUAGGAGCCGUUCUGGCGGCCAUGAACAAGUACGAGGAGAGUACGAGGUGUUACGAGAAGGUAUUGCAGGUGGCGCCGGAUGUGCAUGCUGCGACGGCGGGGUUGGGGUGGGUUACGUAUUUGAAGGGGGACACGAGCAAGGCUGCGGAGCUUUUGGAGCAGGCGCUGCAAGGGAAGGAAGAUGCGCUUACGCUGUUUCGAUUGGGAUGUGUUUAUUGGGCUAUGGGUGACACCUACCGCGCCGAUGAAACCCGCUGUUUCACCCCCUGGCUCCACUCCGCAAAACUCGACCCCACCCACGCGCCCACAUUCUCCCACCUCGGCCACUACUACCACCAAAUCGCCCACGACAAACGGCGGGCCCUCCGCUGCUACUCCCGCGCCCUGCAGAUCGACCCGGGCGAACCAACCGCCGUCCGCGCCUUGUCCCGGAUCUACAUCCUCGACAACGACGUCAUCUCCGCCCAAGCGAUCCUCAAUGCCUACCUCCACCGCCACCCGCGUUGUGCAUGGGCCCACAAACAAUCAGGCUUCCUAUCCCUAUCACGCGGCGACCAUGUUACGGCAAUCACGCAUUUCCAGUCCGCGCUCCGCGUAGACGCCAAGGACGUGCGGUGCUGGGAAGGUCUCGGGGAAGCGUACGCGACCGAUGGGAAGUUCGUCGCGGGGUUGAAGGCGCUCAAGCGCGCUAUCGAGCUCGAACCGGAACAGCAGUCGGCGAGUUUGCAUUACCAGGUUGCGGGGAUAUACCAGCGGUUGGGCAUGUACACGGACGCGGUGGAUGCGUACCGCGCUGCCCUUUCGCUGGCGGAGACGAACACGGACGAGAGGGGUGGAUCGAAAUUGCAUGUACCGACCGUGAACGGGCUGGCCGAGACGCUGGUGGCCGAAGCGAGACGGGCGUUUGAGGAAGGCGGGGAUGGACGGUGUGCGGAGCUGCUUGGGGAAGCAUUUGGGAUGAUUUCCGGGGCGCUGGAACGGACGAGGAUGCAUGCGUUUGCGAAGAUGUUGGGGGAUGUGUGUCUUGCGUUUGUGGAGAUGGUGCCGGCUUAUGCGGAGAGGGGGGAGGUGCGGGCUGUGGUAGGGAGGGCGGUGGGGGUGGUUAGGGGUGUUGUGGGGGGGAAAACUGGGAGUAGAGUGGAAAAUGUACAAGUUCCACCGGGCUCGGAGGGUCUAAACACGAUACUGGAAUGCGGGACAGCGGCGUUUGAAUUGGCAUUGCAUCUCUGUGCCCGUCAACAGCACAAACCAGACCAAGAUGAAAACCUUGCAACGGUUAUCGCGGGCCACUGGCACGACCUCGGGCUCACCUACUUCCACCGCUCCCACCUCACCUCCACCCCAGCCUCGAAAAUCCCACUUCUCAACCACGCGAUCGCCGCCGCCAAAAUGGCCCUCAAACACCACCCUUUACAUGAUAUCUACUGGUCCACUCUAAGCAUCUACACAUCCCACACGCACCCCAAACUCGCCCAACACAGCCUCAUCAAAGCCCUCACGCUCACCCCGACCUCCUCCGCCUCUCUGUGGUCCAACCUCGGCAUCUUCUACCUCCUGCACAACAACACCGGUUUAGCGCAGGAGGCGUUCAGUAAGGCGUUGUUUGUUGACCCGGAAUGUGCGCGGGCGUGGCUCGGGCAGGGGGUUGUUGCGGAACGGGGUGGGAGGAGGGAGGCGGCGUGGGAGAGUUUGGAGCAGGGGUAUGGCCUUGUGGGGAGUGGCGGGGUGGAGGUUGGGUUCGUGUAUGCGGCGGCGGCUGUGCAGAGGAUAGGCAAAGGUGGUGGUGGUGGUGGAGAGACGGUGAGGUGUUUGGAGAGGUUUGUGCGGCAACGGCCGCGGGAUUGGGUUGCGUUGAAUCUUUUGGGGGUUGUGUUGGAACGAGAGGGAUGGUAUGAACGGGCGGUUGGGGCUUAUGAGGGUGCGCGGAAGGCACUGGCUGCAACGACGGGACUUGGCGAGGAGGAGCGAAAGAGGUUUUGGGCCCAGAUCACGGAGAACAUCGCCCGCGUGCGAUGCGCAUCCCGCGAUUUCGACACCUCCCUCACCGAAUUCGCCACCCUGACCCAAUCAACCCACGCAGGCGGCGACGCCUACACCGCCGUCACGCACGCCCUCGCACUGACAUUCAGCGACGCCCUCCCCGAAGGCCUCGCCCAAUUCGAAAAAGCCCUCGACCUCGCCUCCGAUGAUACCAACCCGGACCUGCACAACUACGUCACCUUCAUCCUCAGCAGGGUGCUCUACGCCCUGGGGACCGACCAACACCGCUCACUGGCCACACAACAGCUCCUCGCCUGCCUCGCCCGCUCACCGGGCCACGUCCGCGCCCUGUCCACCCUCUGCGCGCUAUCCCUCGUACAGGGGGACGUGCAGCUCGCCCAAAGCGCGGCCGUGGAGCUGAUCAACAUCAGCGAGCCUGAGAAACUUGGGGCGGCGGAUACGGACGUGGAUGUGGUUUUGAGCGCGUUGUUUGCGUGUCUGGGGAAUAGGAAGGCUGCCAGGGGGUUUCUGAGUAAGAGCGUGCGGAGACGGCCGUGGGUUGCGGGGCGGUGGAGGGUGUUGGCGGACCAUGUGGGGAGGAGUAACCCGACUGCAGCUUGUGGGAGGGUUGCGGCGGCUGCGACGGUUGUUGGUGGUGGGGACGGGGACGGGGACGUGUUGGGGGUGGAGACUGUGGGUGUGGUGGAUUUGGCGCUUGGGAAACGGGAGGCGGGACGGACGUUGAUGAAGGCGGUGAGGGCGCGGCCGGGAGUGGCGAGGACGUGGGUGGCGUUGGGGAUGGGGUUGAGGGGGGAGGUUGCGCGUGGGGUGGAUCAGAGCCGGAUGGGUCCACUCAGCAACGCUAUUGAGAAGACUGCCCACGCUGCCAUCACCCUCUCCGCCCGCACGGACACCACAAGCAGCGCUCACGCAGCCCGCCGCACCCUCCUCAUCGCCGGCUGGGCGCGCCUCCUCAUCGCCGACGUUACCACCCUCCCCAGCACACCAAUGGAUCUCCCCACCCUGCAACUCACCGACGCGCUGAUCUCAGAAGUCUUGCAGCUCAACGACGCGAACCUGCAGGCCGUGGCGUAUAAAAUCUUGGGCAGGGCGUUGUGGAAGGCAGGCGACGUGGGCGCGGCGGCGACGGCGUGGAAGCGCGCUGUUGGGUUGGGGCGCGGGUACGAGGAACUCGCAUCCCUCUACACCCGCCUCGCACUCUACCCCGCCGCCACCCGCGUCUUCCACACCGCUCUCUCGGACUCCAAACUCACGCCCCUGCAACGCACCAACAUCCUCACCCGCCUCGCGACCUUGCAUCUCCUCACCGCCAACUCUGCGGACGCGGCCGAAGCCGUCAACGAGGCGUUGAAGGGGCAGCCCGGGCAUGUGGCUGCACGAUGUGUGCAGGCGGUGGUGUAUGUGAGGAGCGGGGAGAGGGGGAAGGCUGGGAAGUGUUUGCGGGGGGUGGAUCUGGAAGGGGAGGUGGGGGCGAGGGUGAGGGAAAUGGUUGAAGGGGGGUUAGACGUGUAG